AUGAACCCUACCACUAACAUAGUGGUCCUUCGAGCCGGAUCCAUGCAACGCACUCCAAUCAAGAUCGAAACACGUCGGUCUAAAGCGCGCCGUUUAGAACUAGAAAAGAGGGUUCUAGAAGAUCAACAGAAGAUGUCCCAAAAGGACGAGAAGAGUGAAGCACCUCAUGGUCAGAGUUCUACAGCCAGGUUGGAGGAAUUUGAGCCAGUUUCAAGUAUCCCGAGAGAUUUGGUUAACACAAAACCAAUUGAGGGUAGUGUGAAAUCUGAACCAACCGCCGCAGGAUUCCUCAAGAAAACGCUUCCUCCUUCUGCUUCGUACGUGAGCAAAGCUUCCAGCAGUAAGGGCUCAAGGAUGUCAUCGGCUUCUAGAACGGCUAAGAAGAAGCAACUUUUAUUAGAAGCCGCAAAACAAAAAGCUGCCAUACAGAUGGAGAUCAUCGAUAAGACUCUGGACGCUCAAUUAGCAGAGCUGGACGACGAGGAUCAAGAGUACGGUUCACAUGUAAGUCGAAGGAGUUAUUCUCGGAGUCACGUCGCUGAUUGGGUGGAAAAUCAGAGCAACUUGGAACCGCAAGAGGAUCAGCAGCAAGCCCCCGAGUAUGGAUUAAAUACGGGUGAGUUGCAUCAGCAUGCGCCACGUCCUCCGCCCGAGCUCGGCCCAGCGCCCCGAGCCACCGCGCCCGCGCCAGCCCCGGCGCUCGGCCCGGCCGCCCCGCUGCCGCCGCCGCCGCCGCCCGACGGUACCGUUAUGGCGCUCCAGAGUGCGAUCCAAGUUAUGGCCGAUGCUGUGAAGAACAUCUCCACUGCUAAUACACCGAAUACCAGCCUGCUCAGUCGACUCAGCACGCCGAUCGAAAGAUCUCCCCGAGUUCUCCGGCGAUUAUUUAGAGUGGUUGCAGUUUAA